CUGCCUUAUUACGUAUCAAGAUCAAAUUUCAACUCGCUACCAGUUUACUUGUUGAGGAAAAGGGGUGGAAAUCUGAAGCAGACAAGAAUAAAGAACAUUGACGGGGACCGGUUGAAAAUGAAGGAGGAGCUAUGCAAGGCGUUGGAGCUUCCGGCUGAUAAAGCAGCGGUGAAUUCGGUGACUGGGCACAUUAUUGUGAGAGGGCAUUGGAAGCCACAAGUGGAACGGUUUCUGAGGGAGAGG